AUGCGCAUCCCCACGCUCCAGACCAUCUUCUUCCUUUUCGUCUUCUUCGGUGCCGCCUCCGCCGGCAGACGCCACUACCAGAUGCUGCGCCAGAAGUGCUGCGCCAACCCGAGCCACAACAUGGGCCGCGUCGCCCUCGAGCGCUGGCACCUCUGCCAAGAGGCCAGGAAGAAGGGCCAGCACAUCAGCAAGUGCGGCAGCUUCGGCCAGCACAGUGAUUUCGCCCGCAUCGCGUGCCGCCCGGGCAUCGACGGCCCGCCCGACUGGAAAGACGAGGAGAAGCCCAAGGCUUGA